AUGGAUCACGCUAGCGUUUCAUACUCGACUUGUUGUCAACAGGGGGCAGUAGGAUUGCCAUCCGAUCACCUGGAGAACAAGCUGACUCCCCCGUUCCUCCAAAAGCUAUUUACUGUGGCAAAGAAUUUCCGCGCCAAUAUCCGCAGUUACAACAACGCCGUUUCCUUUACCUCGACCGCCGCCUCGCAGGACAAAAGCGUCGCCGGCGAAGGGGGAUCUUGGAGUUAUCGCAUACAUGGCCAACUAACUCACAAAAUCGGCUCACUCCUGCCUCUCCCGGGCGCGACGAAGAAGUUCGCACAGAUGUUCAUAUGGGGCGACCAAGCAGACGAAGAGGUCGCAUAUCGGACUCCGCUCAAUUCCAGAAUGGACCCUGGCGUUUUACGGCAAAUUCAAGACUUCAUGUACUCUACCAACCCGUAUGCUAAGAUGUACAAAGCCGCUGAAGAAAUCCUGAACUCGAAUCCAGUCAGAACAAUCAAAAUUAAAUCCUUACAAGUACACGGGAGGGACAAAAACCGUUACAACUACCCCACUUGCAGCCAGGUCGCAGCUGUCAUUCAGGGCGAUGGCAGUGUCGGCUCGAAAGACCGUGACGUGAUCAUCCAAUACCAGAGUGGCGACUUGCGCCGUGUCUCUGAGCUAAAUACUACCUACUUUCCGUUGAGGUACCCAGUUUUCUUUAUGUAUGGUUCCCAUGGGUGGGACGAACAUUACCGUCACUUCACCGCGCGACGUAAGCAACCUAAGUUGACACCCAUCCAGUUCGCAAUCAUUCUGACACUUCGUGAUCACAGGCAAGAGUGGCAAGAUUACAGCACUUGA